AACUCCAAAGACAUGACGAUCACAGACGGCUCCCGUUGUACGAUGGAAGUUAUAGAAGUUGAGGAAUUCUUGCGGAACCCUCCGCCCGGUUUCACCGUAGAAGCUGGCGACCGAUUCGUGAAAAGCGAUCCUGAAAACUGCUGCGUGUUCAUCGAUGACUUCGAGUUAUCCAGAGGAGGAAAAGUAGUCUUCCAACACUCGCAGGGAAAGAAAAUCACAGUGCGCAAUUUGGGAGAUUACACUCGCUUCAGGAAGAACCUAACCUCAAAAAAGAUAUAUAUACUGGUGUCUGCAUGUGAAAGUAAACCUUCAUCGACAGAUAAGAAAGCUCCCAAAAACAGAAGAGUGCUCCAGCAGUAUGUGGUGUCCAUUGAUGGCCAUAACCCUCUGAUCAAGUGGGAGAUCGAGAGAGGCCUGGACAGGACUAUCUCCUCUGUGGCUGGGGAGAGCUACAGGGUCGAUAUUGACCUGUGUGAUGCGUUGCGUGGCUGGGCAGGGGAGAGUUUCUGUCUCCUAGGCAACAGAGAGAAGGUCACACCCGUGUGGAAGGAUACCUGCUUCACCCUGAAAUAUUACUCAGAUGCCCUCUUUGACUUCCCACACUGGCUCGGGUUCAGCAAACGCCAUUUCAAGAUCUCCUACCAUGGAAGAUGAGACCUCAGCAAGAAUCAAUAAUUACUAUUUGAUGGGCAAGAAGACUGGACAUGGGCCAAAUAUGAUCUAUUAUAUUGACAAGGUAGCCGAGUGACCACUCCUUAACAAUGGAAAUGCAUGUCCUCAAUGCUUGAAUGUAACUGAGGUCAGGUGGGACCAUACUAGCCAAUGAGAGGGCAGAUAUGUGUGUGAACAACAGGCACAACCAAGUCAUUUUUCGCAAAGCUGUCGGAAUGCCACCUGCAUCCACUUAUAUCAAUCAGUACAUUUGAAACAGUCUAAAAAUUACAAACUUCUAUUGAAAUCAAAUUAGCCCCAUGUAUUUCUACACUCAUAGACCUCCAUACAAAAAGGGUCUUAUCUCACACGGACAUAUUUAGGGCGGUAAAAUCCUCUCGCUUCGCCUCUUCCAAGGCCCAUGUUUCAGUGGACAGCGACACCUGUCAGUUGAAGUGAGAAGCUGGGAUACCUUCUGCCUGCUACGCAGGAUUCCACCACUGGGAGGAGCUGUUUAUCAGUAGACUGGAUCAUCUCGUUUAAUGUAAGACAUGGAUGGUCAGUUCAAUGCUGCUGCUUUGGGUUGAGAAUUUAAUCCUCAGCUGCACCGUUAUGUCACUGGGAAGAUGGAGUAAGCCAGUCGGCAAGAAACUAUUGAAAGAACAGCCCAAAAUACUUUACAAUAAGUUGUUUUAUAUACAGUGCCUUCAGAAAGUAUUCACACCCCUUGACUUUUUCUACAUUUUGUUGCGUUACAGCCUGAAUUUAAAAUGGAUUAAAUUGAGUUUUUGUUACUGACCUACACACAAUACCCCAUAAUGACAAAGUGGAAGGAUGUUUUUAGACAAUUUCAAAAAUAUUUAAAAAUUCAUUCAUAAAAAAAAAUAGUUUUAAGUAUUCAACCUCUUAUGGCAAGUCCUAAAUAAGUUCAGAAGUAAACAAUCCACAUAAUAAGUUUACAUGGAUUCACUGUGUACAAUGAUAGUGUUUAACAUGACUUUUGAAUGACUACCUCAUCUCUCUACCCAACACACAAUUAUCUGUAAUGUCCCUCAGUUGAGCAGUGAAUUUUAAAAAGAAUAAUGGGCAAAUGUUGCACAACCCAGGUGUAAACUCUUAGAGACGUACCCAGAAAGACAGCUUUAAUCGCUGCCAAAGUUGCUUCUACAAAGUAUUAACUCGAGAGUAUUUCUGUAUUUACUUCUCAAUAUAUUUGGAAAACAUUUGUAAAAACAGGUUUUCACUUCAUCAUUAUGGGGUAUUGUGUGUAUCUGGGUGAGAGGGGGAAAAAAAUCGAAUCCAUUUUGAAUUCAGGCUGUAACACAAAAUGUAGAAUAAUUCAAGAUGUAUGAAUACAUUCUGAAGGCUAUGUACAUUGUUAGAAAACAUUUUAAAAUUGUGUAUGGUGACGUGAUUUCUAGAACAUCAGGCGACGUGAUUUCUAGAACAUCAGGUGACAUGAUUUCUAGAACAUCAGGUGACGUGAUUUCUAGAACAUCAGGUGACGUGAUUUCUAGAACAUCAGGUGACGUGAUUUCUAGAACAUCAGGUGACGUGAUUUCUAGAACAUCAGGCGACGUGAUUUCUAGAACAUCAGGCGACGUGAUUUCUAGAACAUCAGGCGACGUGAUUUCUAGAACAUCAGGUGACGUGAUUUCUAGAACAUCAGGUGACGUGAUUUCUAGAACAUCAGGUGACGUGAUUUCUAGAACAUCAGGUGACGUGAUUUCUAGAACAUCAGGUGACGUGAUUUCUAGAACAUCAGGCGACGUGAUUUCUAGAACAUCAGGUGACGUGAUUUCUAGAACAUCAGGCGACGUGAUUUCUAGAACAUCAGGCGACGUGAUUUCUAGAACAUCAGGCGACGUGAUUUCUAGAACAUCAGGCGACGUGAUUUCUAGAACAUCAGGUGACGUGAUUUCUAGAACAUCAGGUGACGUGAUUUCUCGAACAUUUGAAUGUAGAUGUUGAGAUGUAUGCUCUUCAGAUGAAGGGUCACCUUGGACUGACUUUAGAAACUGUUCAAAUGUCAUUUAGAGGGAUAGCUGUGGCAUAUCAACAUAUUUUAUACAUUUUCAAUAGAAUUCAAUACUUUGUAGCUGUUGUGUUUUUAUUUUGCCAGACAAAAAUAUUUCAAAAAUAAAGAAUAUAAAACAUGAAA